ACUACAAAUUUGCUGUUGGAGCUGCUACAAAUAUGCUGCUGGAGCUGUUACAAAUCUGCUCCUAGAGCUGUUGUCAAAGCUGUUAGCUGCAGCCUGCAGAUCUGUUGGAGUUCAUCCUGCUGACUGCUGAACUUUGUCUCUGCGCUUGCUGCCUAUGCCGAACUCCCUCUCUACUUGCUGCCUCUGCCGGACUUGCUCUCUGCUGCUUGCUGCCUCUGCUGCUUGUUGCCUCUGCCAGACUUGCUCUCUGCUGCUUGCUGCCUCUGCCGGACUUGCUCUCUGCUGCUUGCUGCACUGUGCUGGACUUGCUGCCUCUGCUGGACUCCCUUUCUACUUGCUGGAUUGUGCCGAACUUGCUCUCUACUUGCUGCACUGUGUCGGACUUGCUGCACUGUGCCGGACUCCUUCCCUGCUUGCUGCAUUGUGCCGAACUUGCUCUCUGCUUGCUGCACUGUGCCGAACUUGCUCUCUGCUUGCUGCACUGUGCCGAACUUGCUCUCUGCUUGCUGCAUUGUGCCGGACUUGUUGCUUGUGCCGGACUCCUUCUCUGCUUGCUGCACUGUGCUGGACUUGCUCUCUACUUACUGCACUGUGCUGGACCCUUCUCUACUUGCUGUACUACGCCAGACUUGCUCUCUGCUUGCUGCACUGUGCCGAACUUGCUCUCUGCUUGUUGCCUUGUGUUGUGCCGGACUCCCUCUCUGCUUGCACUCCCUCUUGGCAUCCAACGGUCUUUUUAUGAGCAAUUGUAGAUUUUGAGAGCUAAAGUGUUUUGAGUUGGUUCUUGGCUACUUUCCUUUUUGCUGAAUGUUGGUUUAGUUUAGUUAUUUUAUUUAUGUUGGGUUGAUUUUUGCCUAUAUUUGGAACAAGUAUGUUACUUUAUGUUGGAUUAAUUUCUCUGUAUAUUUAGAACAAUUUAUGUUUGCAACAUGUUGUUUUAUGUUGGAUUAAUCUCUAUUCGGAAUAAUUUUAUUGAUUUAAU